AUGCGUGGAAGGGUGCGUGGAAGGGGCAACUCGCCUACCGGGGACUUCGGCACGAGGCCGUACUGCCCCUCUCAUGCCCUCCCCACAGAGGAAGAAGUCGGGUUUGCCUUUGCUGCAUGGUCAGGGGUUCGGCUGGGGAAGCUGGGGUUGAGGUCGAGGACUGCGAAUGAUGCCGCCACCAACAAGUCCCUAGUCAGUACAGAUGAGCGUGGCUGGCAGGCAGCCAGGGCAAAGGAGGAGGGAGGGAGAGUCUCGACUAGGGUUGCGUCGGUUGCGUGGGUGCUGCAAGGCAUUGGACGAGAUCUGGGCUCUGCUCCGCCCGCCUACCAGGGCAGCAGGGCAGCAGGGCAGCAGGGCAGCAGGGCACAUGCAGUCCCGCCAGAUUGGAAUAGUGGUUCCUGGGUGAUGCACGCACCACUUAUUGAUUGA